AUGGCUACCUCUCAGGUCGUCAAGUCUCAAGGCCCAUUUCAUGGGCUGCCAACUUAUCCCCAAAAUGAAUCGUUUUCGGAUUUGACUGCUGUGGUCACCGGUGCCAAUGGCAUGUCCGGUUAUCACAUGGUCCGUGUCCUUGCUGCAGCUCCAGAACGAUGGAGUAAAAUUUACUGUCUAUCUCGCCGAACGCCUCCCAGCAAUUUUUUCGACGAUUUGGGAGAUGGGGCUAAGAGAGUCGAGCAUAUCCCAGUCGAUCUUCUUGAAGAGGAGUCGUCUAUUGCGGACAAAUUAAAAGGAAAGAUACAAAAAGUUGAUCACGUCUUCUUUUUUGCGUAUUUGCAGCCUCAACAAAAGGGCCAGGUUUUAGGCAUGUGGUCAGAUGCAGAUGAACUGGCUAAGGUUAACUCAACCCUAUUGAAAAAUUUCAUCGGUGCGAUUCGUCUAUCAAACCUACAGCCAAAACGGUUCUUGUUGCAGACUGGAGCCAAGCAUUACGGAUUCCACAUCGGGCCUGCUACCAACCCAUCUUUUGAAUCUGACCCAAGAAUUCCUCUAGAAGCAAACUUCUAUUACCCGCAGGAGGACGCGCUUUUCCAGUAUUGCAAGGAUACCGGUGCUAGCUGGAAUGUUGUUCGUCCGUCAUAUAUUAUAGGUGCGGUGCGUGACAGUGCACUGAACCAUAUGGUUGGUUUGGCAAUAUAUGGAGCCAUUCAGGCGCAUUUAAAACAACCACUGGCAUUUCCUGGCGACUUUGCAGCCUGGGAUCGCGAGUACUGUCAAAGUACGGCCAUGAUGAAUGCCUAUUUUGAAGAAUGGGCGGCUUUAACGGACGGUGCUGCCAACGAAGCUUUCAAUAUUCAGGAUGGCCUCCCCUUUACAUGGGGCCGCUUCUGGGCAUAUCUAGCCAGCUGGUAUGGAACUGGAUGGAAGUCCCCAGAAGAUGACCAGUCCAAGUACCGCACCAAUGUGUCGAGACAUGUGCAGACUCCGCGAGGAUAUGGUCCUCUUGGCACAACGCAUUCCACCUUCAGCCUACACGAAUGGUCCGGACGGCCCGAGGUCCAAGCCGCAUGGACUGAGCUUGCCCAGAAACAUGGACUUGUUCUUGAUCCGUUCACAGAUAAAAGCCGAGCUCAAAUUUUUUCCAUGACCGACUCGGCAGUCAUCGGCAGCUGGCCACUGUCUCUUAGCAUGCGAAAAGCACGGAAAUUGGGCUUCUUGGGAAAUGUAGACUCGUACGAAACCUCAUUUAACGCCAUCCGUGAUCUGGCUCGACUGAAGGUUGUGCCACCCCCUGCUGUAGCAGAGUUCUCCGAGUAG